AUGGAGAAGUACACAGACUCACCACCUACCUUGCAAGUAGAACAUUCCUCCCUUCAGACAGAGAAUCUGAUUCUGCAGCCACAAAUACAGCAUCUGACUGAAGAGAGUCCUGAUCCGAGGGGCCAAGUCAUGCCCACCCUGGCCACCCCAAUGAUGUCUGUACCCUGCUCACUUGAACAUCUCUCUCAGUUUCACCAUGACCCUGCUAAUCUCUCAAGAUUUCUUGCACAGUUGGCAACUCUUAAGUUCCCCAAUCCUACAGAUGAUGUCCAAGUCAAGUUCUUUUUUGACUACUUAUCUCAGCAGAUGGAAAGUUGUGGAAUCAUAUCUGGGCCCGACCAGAGCACUCUGCUGAAACAAUAUGAGAACUUUGUUCUUGAGUUCCAGCAAUCAUUUGGAGAGCCUACAAAACAGGAAAUAGACCCUCUGAACAAAAAGGACAACUCCUCCCCUCAGCAGCAUGCUUCUACUUUCCAGCUCCUUGCUCAAAAUCUGAGCUGUAAUGAAACCAAUCUGAGUGGCAACUUCCAAGAAGGACUAGCUGACUCCAUCCAGGAUGAAGUGAGUGGCACAGAUAUGAUGGACAACCUUCCAGACCUGAUCACUCAGUGUAUUCAGUUGGACAAGAAACAAAGUGACAGGCCAGAGCUUCUUCAGUCAGAGACCCAGCUCCCAAUGUUGGCUUCCAUGAUCCACCCCCAAGCCUUUUCCAGCCCCACAGAUCUGCCACCCAAGGAAGAACCUAUACAGUUGCGUGGAAGCCAGCCACCUCUCACCCCAGCCAAACGAGCCCUCCAGCAAGAAGCUCAGUUGUGCCUCUACUGCAGCCAGGCUGGUCACUUCACAAGAGAUUGCCUUGCCAAACGUUCUCGAGCCCCAGCAAGGAUAAAUAACCCAACUCACCAGUAA